CCCCCCCAACCUCCACCACCCACCACAUCCACCUCGUACACCCUCUCUCGAACUUCGUCUCACCCACCAAUCCACCCUCCCACUCAUUCUCCUUUGACCUCCCCUCCCCACCUGGCCAAAUAUCAUGAGUAUGAACAUGGGGAUGGCUCCGAGUGGGUCGUCGUCGGUAGUGUUCCCUACGGCGCCGGCCGACUAUGUGCUGCUGGAAAAGGUGGGCGCAGGCUCGGCCGGUGUGGUGCACAAGGCGUACUGCAAGUCGCUCGACCGCGUGCUCGCCAUCAAGAAGAUCCAGCUGGAAGAGUGCGACAAUCUUGUCGACGUGCUUGGCGAGGUGCAUGUCCUCUCGCAGUGCCACCAUCCGAACAUUAUCUCGUACUACGGCACCAUCCAGUCCGGAGCAGAGCUCUGGAUUUUGAUGUCGUACGCCGGCGAGGGCUCGGCCGCCGAGCUGCUCUCAUUUGCGUACCCGACAGGCCUGCCGGAGCGUGCUGUGGCGACCAUCCUCUCCCAGGUUCUCUGCGGGCUGGAGUACUUUCACGACAACGCGCUUAUUCACCGCGACAUCAAGGCCGACAACAUUGUGUUUGACGUCGACGGGACGGUCAAGAUCGCCGACUUUGGCGUGGCGGCACGGCUCAAGUCGCGCGAGGACGUCAAGAACUCGUUUGUGGGCACGCCGUACUCGAUGGCGCCCGAGGUGCUCGACGAGUCGAUGCCGUACAACUCUGCGGUGGAUAUCUGGUCGGUCGGCAUCCUUGCGCUGGAGCUGGCGCUCGGGCCAGUCGCUUUUGCCAAGCAUCGUCGCGACCAGCUCUUUGCCGAAGUCCAGAUGACAGCGCAGCCGACGCUAGACAAGUUCGGCCUCUCGGAGGCCUUUGGGACUUUUGUCGACGCCUGCCUCACCCGCGAGCCGAGCCGUCGCCCGACUGCACGCUCGCUGCGGACCGCCUCGCCGCUGGUUGCGGCUACCUCGGCCCACAUCAUGGACAGCUCCGCUCUGGCCAAGACGCUCUUUGGCUCGCUGCCGCCGUUCUCGGCCCGCUUUGCCCACAACGUCGAGAUGACCCAGCGCGCAUACGUCGACAACGUCGCCGCACAGCAGUAUGGGUCGGGCGUGGGCACGCCGUCGUCGACGCCGGGCUCGCUGCCGACCUCGGCGUCGGGCGACUUUGGCCAAGUUGCCCCGCCGCUGUUGUACCACCAGUCAUCGGUACCCGGCUCGCUCAACUCGUCGACAACCAACAUCACCGGCCUUGCCGACGCUGCCAUUGCCUCUGCGUCCGAAACCUCGUCGGUCUCGGGAGUCCACGACGGGCACGACUCGUCUAUAACUUCGUCGUCGCCGGUCUCGGUCCGCGCCGACCAGCUGGAGUCGAUCACGUCUGAAGUCUGCAUCCCGCAGGCCCACCCGAGGCCGACCCACCGCACGGCAAGCCCUCUCGCUUUGAGCUCCUCUCCUCCUCUGACGCAUCCGGAUCCGCCACUGGCGGCGCGAACGGCUCCGUCGCCGCCCGCAAGCGCCCAGGCUCGCGCUUUGUCGAGGUCACGCCAGACUCACCAGACGCGCGCCCGACCCACCCGCCCGUCCCCACCGUCAGGGACGAGCCCGGAUCGCCACUCAAUCACUCGGCGCCCGAUCUCCGCGCGACCACCGGGUCCACGGAUCUCGCCACCGGCCAGCGCCUCGGCCGCUUUACCGUUACACACGUCGCCACCUCGUCGCCGCCCUCGGCCGACGACGAGGUUACAACAGAGCCAUCCAAACCCGAGCUCUCCGCCGCCGAGGCCGAGGAGGCCGCCAGGGCCCAAAAGGCUAAGAAAGCUCUGGCAGAGGUCCAGGCCCAGGUCAAGGCCCUCAACCAGUCCGAGGCCGCCCUCGCCGCCCUCCAGCAGGCCCGCCACCAGGCCGCACUCCAGGCGCAGGCCCAGGCCCAGGCGCAGGCCCAGGCCCAAGCGCAGGCCCAGGCCCAAGCCCAGGCCCAAGCGCAGGCGCAGGCGCAGGCGCAGGCGCAGGCGCAGGCGCAGGCACAGGCACAGGCAGCCGCCCAGGCCGCAGCACAGGCGCAGGCCGUUGCAGCCGCCCAAGCUCAAGCCCAAGCCCAGGCCGCGGCCCAUUCGCGAGCACAGGCCGAGGCGCAGGCGCAGGCUAACGCCCAGGCCGCGGCGCAGGCACAGGCUCUGCGCCAGGCGCAGGCACAAGCGGCUCAGGCCAACGCACAGGCCCAAGCUGCUGCCGCCGCCCGUGGCCGUAACUCGGCCAUGAGCUCACCGACUCAUCUCCGCGACAUGAUGGUCGGCGAGUCGGCGAACACGUCGGAAGAGUCGAUCCUCAACGACACCAACGGCGCUGUCGACGACGCAUCGGGCAAGCUCGAUCUGGUGCUCGCAGAGAUGGCGGCUCUCAAGAGCCAGAUGUCAGUGAUGACGACCCAGGUCCAGACCCAGCUUCAGAUGAUCUCCAUGCUCUGGCACAUGGUCCUCCAGGAGCAGGCGCUCUCGGCCGAGUGGCGCCAGCGCGCCGCUGCCGCCGCCCCGCCAACUCCGUCUGUACCCAUGCUGCCGCCGGAGCUCCUUCUCCGCCAAGUAGCCAGCGCCCCACCGAUGGGCCCGCCGCCCGUCAUCGGCACAACGCUCGGCGCCUCGAUUCCGCGCGAGCCCUCACCCGGUGCUGCGUCGUCCAUGCAGCAAGAGUUUGAGCGGCUCCGCCGCGAGAACAUGCGCCUUCGCGCCGCCGCCAUCAAUUCCGGCUCUACCGGUCACGGCGCCACUGUCGGCCACAGUACCACAAACAGCGGCUAUUAGCCCACAAUCAUGCGGGCGUUGGGACGCAUUGUCAUGCUUCAAAGUGAACAACACUCUGCGUA